AAAGAGGUCAUAAAGCUGUUAGAUGCAGGAAUAAUAUACCCAAUUUCUGACAGCAAUUGGGUAAGUCCAGUCCAAGUUGUUCCAAAGAAAGGUGGUAUGACAGUGGUACCUAAUGAAAAGAAUGAACUUGUCCCUACUAGGACUGUGACUGGAUGGAGAAUGUGCAUAGACUAUAGAAAAUUAUAUGAUGCAACUAGAAAAGACCAUUUUCCACUACCAUUUGCAGAUCAAAUGUUAGAAAGACUUGCUGGACAUUCAUUUUAUUGUUUUCUUGAUGGGUAUUCAGGAUAUAAUCAAAUAGCUGUAGAUCCUUUAGAUCAAGAGAAAACUGCAUUUACAUGUCCAUUUGGAGUCUUUGCAUAUAGGAGAAUGCCAUUUGGUUUGUGUAAUGCCCCUGCCACUUUCCAAAGAUGCAUGCUUUCUAUUUUUUCUAAUAUGGUAGAAAACAUCAUAGAAGUGUUCAUGGACGAUUUCUUUGUUUUUGGUGAUUCUUUUGAUGAUUGUUUAGCUAAUCUAUCCACUGUUUUGCAGAGAUGUCAAGAUACUAACCUUGUGUUAAAUUGGGAGAAGUGCCAUUUCAUGGUACAAGAAGGCAUUGUCCUUGGUCAUAAAAUUUCAGAGAAAGGAAUGGAGGUGGACCAAGCUAAAAUAGAAGUCAUUAGUAAAUUGCCUCCACCUGUCAAUGUUAAGGGAGUUAGAAGUUUUUUAGGACAUGCUGGUUUUUAUAGAAGAUUCAUAAAAGAUUUUUCCAAGAUUGCUAAACCCUUGAGUAAUUUACUUGUAAAAGAUGCAGAUUUCAUAUUUGAUGAUAAUUGUUUGCAUGCAUUUUUUGUUUUAAAAAAGAAACUGAUUUCUGCACCUAUUCUUGCAAAACCAGAUUGGAAAUUACCUUUUGAACUCAUGUGUGAUGCAAGUGAUAGUGCAGUGGGUGCUGUUUUAAGACAGAGAAAAGAUAGGAAAUUACAUGCUAUCUAUUAUUCAAAAUUCAUACCAAAGAGGUUUACUUGGCAGCAAAAGAAGAAGUUCCUACAUGACAGCAAAUUCUAUGUGUGGGAAGACUCAUACUUGUUCAAAAUUGGAGUAGAUGGGUUACUUAGAAGAUGCAUUCCACAAAAUGCCAAAAGGUAUGUAGAAAACUGUGACAAAUGUCAAAGAACUGGAAAUAUCUCAAGAAGACAUGAGCUGCCAUUAACCAACAUCUUAGAAGUGGAAUUGUUUGAUGUAUGGGGGAUUGAUUUCAUGGGACCAUUUCCCCCAUCAUUUUCACACGAAUACAUUCUAGUGGCAGUGGAUUAUGUGUCUAAAUGGGUAGAAGCAAUUCCCACCAGAUCAAAUGAUGCAAAGGUAGUGAUUUCUUUUAUAAGAAAGAACAUUUUUUCAAGAUUUGGUGUGCCUAGAGUGCUAAUAAGUGAUGGAGGUACUCACUUCUGCAACAAGUAUCUUGAAGCUGUAUUAAUGAAAUAUGGUGUGAAGCAUAAGGUUGCUACUCCUUACCAUCCACAAACAAGUGGACAAGUGGAGGUUUCAAAUAGAGAAAUCAAGCAAAUUCUGGAGAAGGUAGUGAACAGCUCAAGGAAGGAUUGGUCAAAGAGGCUGGAUGAUUCAUUGUGGGCAUACAGAACUGCUUUUAAAACUCCAAUUGGUAUGUCUCCAUAUCAGUUAGUAUUUGGAAAGGCCUGUCACCUACCCCUAGAGUUGGAACAUAGAGCAUAUUGGACUACAAAAUGGCUUAAUUUUGAUCUGUCAAAUGCUGGAAGGAAGAGAGUUCUGCAGCUGCAUGAAUUGGAGGAAUUCAGACAGCAAGCAUAUGAGAAUGCAAAGUUGUACAAAGAAAGAACCAAGAGAAUCCAUGACAAGUUCAUUCUGCCAAAAGAUUUCAGAACUGGCCAACAAGUGCUGUUAUUCAAUUCAAGGUUAAAAUUGUUCCCAAGGAAAUUGAAAUCUAGAUGGUCUGGACCAUUUUUAAUAAAGGAAACCUCUCCCUUUGGAGCAAUUCUUAUAGAAGAUAAGAAAACAGGGAGGGAAUUC